GCAGCACGAGAGAAACGAUUUCAUGCAACACGAAUCCUGAAGCUCGUAAAAAACAAUCAAUUGUAGCUGCUUCUUUGGUGAUAUCAAACAAUGGCUAAUGCAAAACUAGCUCCUUUGGCUGUCUUCUUGCUUGUCACAUUUUUAAUGAUCUCAAUGAAGAAGGUAGAAGCACAAAGCUGUGGUGGUGCUUGUGCAGUAUUUGACAGUAACCCAAAAUGUGGUAGUAGCAAAUGCAAAUGUGUAUACAGUAUUAUUCCUUUUAUAGCUGGUCAUUGUGAUGUACGAAGUUCUACAGAUGUGGAGACGGAUGAGGAACAUCCUAACUUAUGUAGGUCACAUGUUGAAUGCACGGAGAAGGGAAUUGGAAGCUUCUGCGCUCGUUAUCUUGAUCCUGAUAAUCAAUUUGGCUGGUGUUUUGCGUCUUACUCCGAGGCGGAAGAAUACUUCAAGAUUGCCUCAAAGUAUAAGUUCACAAAAGAAUUCUUGAAGUUGCCUAUCACCGCAUAAUAUUUAUGGCCAAAAAAACCUAUGAUAUAGGGCAUGGUAUCAUGUUUGUACUGCUUUAAAUAAACCGUCUUUGUUUCCAACUAAAAAUUGGAUUUCUUAGAUAUCUUUCUGAAUUCCAAUAAAUCAUGUUUGUUCAUGGGUAUGGAUAUUUAAUAUAUGUUGUUAUUUUGCAGGCA